GAACAUGAUGGACGGUUAUGCACCAACAGAACGCUGAAUCGUUGGAAAUCGAUAGUGGACGAUCAUGAAAAUGUUCACGGUGUAUGUAAAAAAGCAAAAUGUGGUUGCAUGAAAGACGCGUUCAUGUGCGGAAAAGAAGUAGAUAUGUCGGAGCUCGUAGCCAAUGUGAAAGGACCCUCUGAAUGGUACUGUAAAGAUGGAAAGGAUUGCUGGUACAAUGAAUAUUCCACACUGGUCAGUGUUUUCCCCGAUAACAUCGCUCUCGCUUGCGAUGUCGGUGAAUGUGCCAACGAGCAGGAUUUUUUGGACGCUCAGCCUAUCGAACGUCAAUUUUCACGUUACACAGAAUCGAUGAUCGUCAGCGCCAUCCUCAUGGUGUGUCUCAUCAUUUUUGUCGUGACUAAAGUGACCGUGAAACGCCAACGCCGUUUGUACGGCAGCCAGCUUCAGUUAUCCGAAUCCGACGACGAACAAGAACUGGCUGCUGCCAGCAUAAGAGCCGAUCACAAGCAAGUGUUUCUCACCUUUGAUGAUGUUUGCUACAGCGUUGCUGGACGUGACAUCCUUUCGGGAUUAAGCGGCUAUGUGGAGCCCGGACAGAUGCUGGCAAUUAUGGGUCCGUCGGGCGCUGGUAAAUCGAGUUUACUGGAUAUCCUUUCCCGGAAACAUAAACGUGGUGUGACAAGCGGUCGCAUUCAGAUCAACGGACAUGUCCCUGAUCGACGUCAAUUCAAACGCAUGACAGGGUUCGUGGAUCAGGAUGAUACCUUGAUGGGCACCUUGACGGUGCGUGAAACCCUGAUGUAUGCUGCCAUGUUACGUUUGCCUCGAAGUAUGAAUGUCAAACAAAAACAAAAACGAGUCGCCGAUGUGAUGAAUGAGCUCGGGAUUGAAUCCAUUGCCGAUUCCAUGAUCGGUGUGCCCGGUCAGCGCGGUAUCAGUGGCGGUGAAAAACGGCGCGUGAGUAUUGGCAAAGAAUUGGUCACCAAUCCGAGUUUGCUGUUUCUGGAUGAACCCACCAGUGGUCUGGACGCCUACAAUGCUGGAAUUGUCAUGGCCUGUCUGCAACGCUUGGCAAAACAAGGUCAACGCACUGUUGUCGUCACCAUUCACCAGCCGCGCUCGAAUAUUUUUAAAAUGUUUGAUUCAUUGUUACUCCUUGCGGCUGGCCAAAUGGUCUAUUUUGGUGCGGUCAAUGACACGCCGCGUUACUUUCGUGACAUUGGGUUUCCCGUGCCGGAAGGAUACAAUGUCGCCGAUUAUCUGAUUGAUCUGACCAUGAAGAAGCCUGAAGAGACGAACCAGCCACAGGAAUCCUUGGACGAUGACGAUGAAGGCGAACAGCGACUAAACGAUUUGUCCACUGAAGCGGAAGAGUCGAGCCAACUAAUCUAUGAUGCUUGGCGUUCGGUAGGCGAUCGUACCAAUACGGGCGAUUUUGAUUUGCUUUCGGAAUCCAACCAUACCCAUCAACUUUUCGAAUCAUACAAAUCAUCGGCCCUUGCACGCGUGGUGAAAACCCGUAUUCGACAAGCGACGGCCGAUCCUCACCCUUACUCUGUCCGUGUCGGUGCUUCCUCUGACACUCCCCACGCCCUUUCAAUGGUCCAAUUCUUGCAUGAAACUUCACUUUUAUCGUCACGAACUUUUAUCAAUCUGUAUCGAAAUCCUUUUCUUUUCUUUGCCCAUUUUGCAUGCUCGAUCGCGCUGGGUGUGUUACUUGGCAGUUUAUUCUGGCAAGUGGAGAUGGAUCUGUCGGGUAUUCAAAAUCGUUUGGGGGUCUUGUUUUUCAUGUGCGCUUUACUGGGUUUUGCUUCCACCAGUGCUCUUGACAUGUUUAGCAAGGAACGUGUGUUGUACAUGCGUGAGCGAGAAAACGGGUACUAUGCGCCCUCAAGCUACUUUGUAGCCAAGAUUUUGUUUGACAUCAUCCCUUUACGUGUCUUGCCACCGCUGGUGAUGGGUUCCGUCGCUUACUACAUGAUUGGUCUGAAUCCGGCUCUUUACGUUUUUGGCAAGUUUUUGCUGGUGCUGGUACUGUUCAACCUAGCCGCAGCAGGUCUAUGUUUGUGUUUUGCCACCGCCUUUAAGAGUAUCUCCGCCGCUAAUCUCUUGGCAAAUCUUGUGAUUCUAUUUUCCAUGUUGUUUGGAGGGUUCCUGUUGAACAAAGGUAGGUUAAUGACCGAAAGGGAACCAGAUCGGGACGUCGGACGGACCACUGACUCACUUGUCCUUUGUUUUGAUCCGGUUUCUUUUAUAGAUCAUAUCCCUUCAUUUCUAAGCUGGUUGCAGUAUCUUAGUUUUUUCAACUAUGGUUAUGAAGCGCUCAUUGUGAACGAAUUGAAGGACAUCACGUUGCGGGACAAAUCGAUUGCGGAUAUCCAAAUUCCAGGUCCCAUCAUCUUGGCUCGAUUCGGGUUCAAUGGACAGGCCUUUUGGAGAGACGUGAUACGAUUAUGCAUAUUUAUCGGUAUCACCAUGACGGUAGCGUUUGCAUUUCUAAAAUACCUGGUCAAGGAGCGACGCUAAUCGUUGCUUGUAUCUGUACCAUCCAUGUAUACAUAUUGUUCUUGUUUUUCUUCUCUGUAUAUUAUUGAGUUUUGUAAUGUAAUUUAUCAAUGUAACAUGUUGCGACUUGACAAUACUGUGAUGCGUUUGGUUGUUGGAGAAAGGUUAUCACUUUCAUGUGCGUGGGAGCUGCAGGGGCCCUCCUGAACCGCACUUUAUAUGACCUGCAUAAAGCGAUGAUUUUCCGCUUGAGAAAAAAAAAUAUUGAUAUUUUGAUUCAGAUUAGGCUUCUUUCGUUCGAUUUUUUAUUUUUAUUUAAGAUUAUACUUCUUCCUUUUUCACUAUUUUCCACCUU